GUUUUCUAUUGCAAGAUGUCCACAGGCGGUUGCCACGGCCAUCAGGGAGCUGCACGGUUGAGGGCUUCUCUCCCUCUGCUCCUAUACUGGGGGUCAACGACGAAGCGGCCGACUGCAAUUCGUUUGGGAUUUGCUGGGCAUUCUUCUUUUUUUUUUGUUCCGUUAUCGGCCAUUGUUUUGCUCCCAGUUGAUCCUCUUGCCAGACAGGCUGUUGCUUUCGCUAUCGUUUGUGGAAGCUGGCUGUGAGCCCUUCGAACCCCGACGCUUCAACCUCCCAGACUCCGUGCCUGAUUUGUGCGAUAUCAAAUCUGCGUUGGAAUUUGGACAGACAUGUCGGAUGGCUUCGAACCUCAAGGAGAGCUGUUGCUCCCAACCCAGACACUAACCAUCCCCCAGUUCACCUUUUCCUCGCGCACGGGCAUUGAGCUACCACCUAUCCCCCCCGUAUCACCAUUGGCCACAGAUUUAUUUAGGCAACGAACGACGCAAUCCUGUCGUAGCGGUGGUGCGAAGAGCCUGAUUAAUGCCUCUAUCAAUGCUCAACAAAGCACUCUAUCGACUUCUGCAGGGCCUGGAAUCCGAGUGACCGUGCCCCCUAUCGAUCAUAUCGGGACUGGGUCGGGUCAGGUUGGGAUGAAACGACAGAAACUGCGACCGAAGAAGCCCCUUCAGAUCUUCGUCUCACCAUCUCCCGAGACGUCGACAGCAGUUGCAUCAGAGUUUCCGCUUUCUCUGCGAUCACCCGUGCCUCGCUCCCGUUCUCAAUCUCCUACGCCCAAGUUUACAUCCCAUUCCCAAACCUAUUUCAGCAAGUCUGAUUCCAAGUCUAAAUUGCAAGGGUGCCCCCCGUCCUCUCCCGUCUCGUUCGUCUCGUUCCUCAGCAUCAGCUCCCCGUCACCACCCCCGUCGCCUACUCCCUCUGAGAAAGAACUCCGCCGAGCUCGAAGCAGACUCGACAAAUUAAAAAGGAUUCUGGGUGGAGAUGUUCCGGACGAACUUGUGCUCAAAGACGUGAGUGUGGAGAGGUUUGGCCCUAUUGUGGAAUCGAGGGCGCGGGGUACAGAGGAUUUGGAAAUAUCCCGUUGUUCUGAUAGCAUUUCUUUGAUGCCUUCCGCCAGCGCAUCCAUCAAGGGUUGCAGAGAAGCGACAGUAUCAAGUGGAAGACCGACGCCGUCAAAGGUUCCUGCGGUCAAUGACACCGAUCUUUCCAACCAGGCACAGGGAAUACGUAAAUAUGAGGGACCGGAGAUUGCUGAUCUCGGCGUUAGUGGGAGGAAGAUGAGCACAAAGGAGAGAAAUGAGCUGGUUAGAAGGGUGUCGAAAGUCUCCAAGAUUUUUGGAGCGAUCCCUCCUUCCGACGUGUGCCAACCGAUUUCCAAGUCUAAAUCAGCGGGCCCGAAAGAUGCUCACGAUAACGAAAGUUUCAUCGAUCUUGACUCUGACUCGUACGAGGUCUCUCGAUCGAGCCUCUGUUUUAGUCUCUAUGCUGACAGCACGACAUCCUCGUCGCUACCGACCGCUUCAGAUGACGGCAACGUGGAUACGGCGACGCUCAAUGGGGAUGCAACGGCGCAGACACACAAAAAUCAGGGGAGCCCUUGUACCCUGGCCUUUUCGGAGGAGUCGUGCAUGUUUGUUCUGCGGUACCACUGUUUGCGCACUCCUACGCCUACCACCUCGACAGAAACCCAAGUUCCACCGGAAAACUCAGGAGCGACGGUUACGUACAUGAGAAAUGAGCGGUUUCCUUGGCCCUCCAAGGCUCCGUCACCCGAGCCUUUCGCUGCAUAUAGUAUUCAUUCCAAUCCACACAAACACCAAACUGUGGAGACGGUGCUUUCUUCGCGUGGGAGAGAUUACCAUGGGCGAUCUCUCUCGGCCGCUUCAGUUCUCGUCCCAACAGUUUCUGCCAAUAUUGACUCCGACUCCUAUGCUCCUACUCCCGAACCCCUGCCACGUCUCAGGUGCCGAGGAGCAACGACUAUAGGCCCAUGCGAGCCUCAAUCUGUGGGAACGAUGCCCACAAUACGAGCACAUCCAUCAUCGUCGAGGAAAAAUUACCAACAGCAUGGGCGAUCAUCCUCGACCCCUAUAACGCAGGUCCCAACAAUUUCCGCUGGCCUUGAGCCGGAUGCUGGUGGUUCUGCUCCUAAAUCCUUAUCCUGCCUUCAACGUCAAGGAACGUUCAUUGGCCCAUGCUCAGCGCCAGUCGAUUUCCCGCCACAGAGACGCAUCAAACAAGCUUCGUCCUCUGUGACUGUCGUAGAGGGCGAUUCUCCAGUGUCUCGUGAACAGUUUAAAGAAUUUCAAGUGAGAAGGAGACGAGCUGCGAAGCUCAUGAAGUUCUUUGGAGAGCCUGUGAACUUGACGUACGACCAUGUCUCCGAUUUGUCGUCUCGCUUCGCCAGUGUAGCUGUUCGCCAAAGCGCGGUAGAUGCUAAGGCUGCGACUACUUUGCUGGAGAGACGAAAACUUGAUCCAACGACAGCAGUAGCGACCAAGGCUGACAUCAAUGUGUCGCUUUUAAAGAGACGAGGCACUACAGCAACCAAUGAUCUUUACUUAGACGUGAGCGCAAGCUCGAACGCAAGAAUAGGCACAAGAGGGGUUGAUCCCGAAUGCACACCUCUCGGAAGAAUACCUGACCACCAAGACCCUCCACCCCGCCCGCGCCCAGGCGGUGGAGUGGGUAAAGCAAGGAAGAAAAGCGCAGUGAUGGUGAUUGAUACAACCAAACAGGCGACUCCUGAGACGUAUGAAAGGGCGCUCGCAAUUCUUCGGAAUAUGUAAUGUAGUGGUUUUCGCCCUGGUGGAUCUAAAUACGCAUUCUUUUCUUCAAGUUGGCAUCUAUAAUUUGAUUUCACUUCUUGCCACAUAGUGCAUUAUAAUUCGUCUGCAUUCAAUGCCCAUUCCAGGUUGUGCUUUUUUUUACCAUCUGUCUCCAUCACAUUCGCUCUCCUCAGCGUUUCUCCAGUUCAAUGCCCGGCCCCCCAUUUUCCUAAUCUCCCAUUACUUCGUCUUUAGGUGUUGGCGCUUGACUGCACAACACCCGGCCAUGCAAAUGCAUGUAUUUGGAUCAUGCCCAAUAACUUCUUUUCUUUUGGACCCUGAUUUACGCAUUUGUGACAUAUCUACCUUCCGUUCAUCAUGUCUAAUCCCAGGUAUUCUCUGAUGUG